AUGGUAACUCGGAGACCAGGAUCAUCCACAACUAGUGAGCUUGAUGGCAUCACUGGUUCCUCCCUCCAUCAAACCAUCAAGUCGGUUGAUCAACUAAUCGAAACAUUUAAGGCUACUACGGGCGCUCCAGGCGUUUCAGCUUGUAUUUCUAUUGGUGGGGCAAUUAUUUAUUCGAAAGGUUUCGGUCUCGCUGAUGUGGAACAAGGCGUCAGUGUUUCUCCCCAAACCAAAUUCAGAAUCGCAAGUAUCAGCAAGUCAUUCACGUCGCUGUUAACAGGCCGAUUGAUUGACCAGGCUAGACUUGACCUGAAUGCAGAUAUCAGGACGUACCUUCCAGACUUCUCUCCAAAAACGCUAGAGGGCAAAUCUUCGCCAAUCUCAAUGAAACAUCUACUCAGUCACACAAGUGGAGUUCGGGAUUACUACAAAGCUGGUGAGGAGAAAAAGACGGAUAUGUGCCCAGAGGAAAUGCUCAUUACCAAAGCCUACGAUUCGGCCCAUGAUUCUUUGGCCAUUUUUCGGGACGAUGCGCUAAUUCAUCUGCCUGGAGAAGACUACUUGUACAGUUCCCAUGGUUACGUUGUUGCAGCUGCAGUUAUCGAAGCAAUUGUAGCCAACACCCACCCGCCCAAACCUCUGUUCGAACGACCUGCUCGCCUUAAGGAAGUGUUAGAUAUAAAUGAAAAGAAAGAUACUGGAACAAAAUUGUCUAAUGACUCGAAAUCAGGAUCAUUGUUUAAACAACUAUUCGCCUUUUUGGGUCUGCACAACACUUGCCUCGACGAGCCUAACGCGGUCAUCCCAUUCCGUGCAAGUUGUUUAUCUUUUCGUCUUAUGCCGGCGGCGUUAAAUAUUUUCCAAUAUUUAAUACCGAGGCCAUACCGUCGGGAAAAGUCAAACGGGUGUUUAGCGAAUACGCCAUGGGUUGAUAACUCUUAUAAAUGGUCUGGAGGUGGUAUCUUGUCCACUGCACCCGAUCUCAUUCAAAUGGCCAACCACGUCGCCGGCAUCUACCUGGGCCAGUAUGAGGGCAUGGAGAACCUUGCGGUGGUGUCCCGUAAAACUCUCGUAAAUUUCCUCUGGUCUCCCGUCUGUGGAACGGUUCAAGGUUCUUGGCUUCCCGGUGGCCUGUACGGUCUCGGUUGGUUUGUUGCCCGGAGGUCGACCGCACCGUCUGACAAGGCGAGAUCACUCAACCAGCCUGACCGCCUAUAUGUGGGUCACACUGGUGGGGCCGUUGGCUUUACAUCGAUUCUUUUACUAAGCCUUCCUAUUUGCAUGGAGCAGAUGUGCCAGUCUGCUCCUUCUCUAGUCCAAAUCUCGCAGUUGCCGCCGAUUUGUGUUGCGAUUCUGGUAAAUCAGGAAGGUGCUCAUGGGAUCGGUUCACUUGCAAUCCAGAUAGUCGAGACACUCACUGGCGCUCUACUUGCUUCUAAUAUUUCGAACAACUGGACAUCGCUGUCGUCAAUCACCGCGAAAGCCGCCCACUAA